CUCUCAGUAUUUAGGUCUUGAUCCUUUGCUUUUGAUAUAUUAAUUGAACUCCAUUUGGUUUGCAAAACCUGUCCAGGAUUUUCCAGCUGAGAUAAUGAAACCUCUGAAAACAACUCCAAGGCUGUCAUAUCGGCUUCCUCUAUUCAAGCAGGCAUCACCUAUCCUGGGAAGGAGAGAAGGGGGCAGGGGGCUCACAGAGCAGUCUCUGCCUCACUUCCUUUGACACAGGCCUCGGAUUUUAUUUUCCUUAGUGAAGGAUGGGUUUAGGACACAGAGAGCUGCAGGUACAUUUAGAACAUCUCCUUGGACAUUCAGAGGCCCGUGUCUGUUGACAGAUACUCCCUUUGCUCCUAGAUUAUACCGGAAUAAGAAUUUUGACAUUGUUGCCCAGAAAACCUGGUUGAAAUUUCUUUCCUUCUUUUAAAUUUCAGUGGUUAAAUAGUUUCGACCAUGGAGGUUCUUUCCUAAGUGCUGAGGCUGAGCAGUGACCAGGUUCUUGCCCUGACAUAGCUUACUGUCAGGGAGGGACUGUAUAAGCUGGUGAUUACAAGAAUACUGUAGGAAGGUGCUGAGGGAAAUAAAGGAUGCUGCAGAAGCUUCAUCACAGGAAAACCACUGAAUGCAAACUUUGUUUUUGGAGGCAGGUGGGUGGUGGCAACAGGAAUGAUUGUCAGAGGAAGUGAUGUGUCUGCCAACACUUGAAUGAUAAAAUAGAAGUUAGCCAGGAGAGAAGGGUAGGAAGACAGUGAAGGUGUCCACAGCAGAGGAGAGAGUAUGAGUCUAGGCACCACGCUGGGGAAAGACAGAGUUCUGUUAAGGAACCGGAGGAAGCUCAGACUGGGAGGCAGGCUAUAAAGAAGGGGGAGCGAGUCUGGAGAGGUUGUCACCAUCAGAGCUACGCCAUUUCAUGGCUUGGACUCUAUCCUAGGAAGGGCCUAAAGCAGUGGGAUGACGUAACAAAGAGCCUUUGGGUUUGGCUUAAAGCAUGGACCGGAAGGAGGCAAGACUGGAGGCUAGGGAGGCAGCGGACAGUCGUUGCAGAAAUUGAGAUGAGAAACCAUCCUGCCUUCUGCUAGAGUGGGACAGGAGCACGAAAGAAAAGUUGGGUGAAGUUGAGGGAUUUUAAGAGAUACAACCUGCAGGAGUUUGUGGUGAGAUGGCAUUGGAGGCGUGAGGCAAAGGAGUCCAGGACCAAUUUUGCUGUCAUCCGUGGACAGAGAGCCAUGGUCUGCCACACGCCUGGCCACUGUUUCCUAGAUCAUUACACUGGCCCUGUGUGAAUGGGACCGAAGACCGGUAUGUCUGGGUGGAGGGCAGGGUCAUAGGACAAGUUUAGGUCUUGGAUAUUGCCUUGAUUGACAGAGUAUGAUGUGCUUUUGAUGAUUUUAUGUCCCUGGCUAGAUUCUCAAGCAGGGUAAGGACAGCAGUGUGUCUCAUUUAUCUUUCGUGUUUGCCACACUUCUCAGAACAGCGCAUCAAGAUCACUUACAAAACACCGAAGGGCAAUUGCAGUGAUGUCAGUCGGGGUCCUGGUGGGGCUCAGAUGUCACCCUGGAAGGGCUCCUGAAGAGUGUUUAAUGAAGGGCCUAUUUACAGCAGAGCAGGGUGUGUUAAAGGAACUGGCAGUGGAUGGAGAGGCAGCCAGGGCUUAGUGGCAGUGCUGCCCCUGGGACGGAGGGGCAGAGGGAGAAAGUUCCUGCAGCCCAGUGAGGACAAGAGCCCUGGAAGAGGAAAAGUGGCCCAGAGACAGUCAGAGGCAGACAGCUUGAAAUCCACUCUCCAGAUGCUAAGCACACAGUGAUCCUAAGGAGCAAGGACUCAGUCACUGCCCAGGCCUGGUUCAGCGCCAUCCAUUCCAGUGUUAGUGACCUGCUGACCCAAGUGAUUGCCGAGGUCAGAGAGCAACUGGGGAAAACAGGCAUUGCUGGGAGCCGAGAGGUCAGGCAUCUUGGAUGGCUUGCAGAAAAGGUGCCCGGGGAGAGCGAGAAGGAGUGGAAGCCAGCCCUGGUCGUACUGACUGAGAAGGACCUUUUAAUCUACGACAGCAUGCCGCGGAGGAAGGAAGCCUGGCUCAGCCCAGUUCACACAUGCCCCCUUCUUGCCACCAGGCUGGUCCAUUCAGGUCCAGGGAAAGGGUCACCCCAGGCUGGUAUGGAUCUAUCUUUUGCAACACGAACUGGUACCAGGCAGGGGAUUGAAACGCAUCUCUUCAGGGCGGAGAUCAGCAGGGACCUCUCCCAUUGGACGAGGAGCAUAGUACAGGCGUGCCACAACUUGGCUGAACUCAUCACCGAAAUCAGCACAGCUUGCACCUAUAAAAACCAGGAGUGCCGUUUGACCAUACAUUAUGAGAAUGGAUUUGCUGUUACCACUGAACCACAGGAAGGUGCCUUUCCCAAGACAAUCAUACAGUCUCCUUAUGAAAAGCUGAAAAUGUCUUCAGAUGAUGGAGUCAGGAUGCUGUAUUUGGAUUUUGGAGGCAAAGAUGGAGAGAUUCAACUGGACCUUCAUUCCUGCCCAAAGCCAAUUGUUUUCAUCAUUCAUUCCUUCCUGUCAGCUAAGAUUACAAGACUGGGCUUGGUGGCCUGAACAGAGGGGCAACGUUUGAGAAAAGGAGGCUGCUAUUACCACUGGAAAGUGUAACAUCAGACACCAUUUGCAGCGAGCAACGUGCCAGAUGUAGCUUGCCACAGUGAGCUUUAGAUCCUGUGUAAUUGUCCCAAAGUACUCUGUCAAUUUCACCAACCACAAGGGGUACCCUAAGAAAAUAGACAAGGAACAUCAGAAUCAAACUAACAGUAAAAACUGUCAAGAGGUGAAGGCAUUUGAAAAUAACAUAGCAUAGCUUUUAAGUAAUGACAGACAAGGGCGAGAGCAUUAGAACAGCAUGUGUAGAUCUUCAGCCUACCCGUUUCUAGGCAACUGGUUUACCCAGGUGAGCAGGGGCUGAAUAGAUGAAGAAUGGACAUUUUCGCCUCUCUCUUCCCUGUAACAAUGAUCCCUUGUUUUGUUGUGAUUUAUUUCCUACUUCUAACUGAGUUGACUUUGGCCGGUAAGGAAAGAAAAGUACUUCAAAUGGAAACCCAACUCUUUUUAAAUAUGAAGCAGCUGUUACUUUUUCUUAAUGAAUUAUCUUUCAAUGAUGUAGAAAGAUUCUGAAGUGUUCUCAUUAGCAUAUGCUGAGCAGGAAUUAAAUAAACCAUCAGAUACUGAUCCACACUGUAAGUGGUCGACUCUGAGCCAAAGUAGCUGCUUAAAUUGCAAGGCUUUGCUGAGGAGCAGUAUGAGUGAAAAAUGAUUAAUUCUGGGACUGUAUUCACACCAAGGUCUGCUGUCUUAGAGCCAAGAAAGAUAGCUUUAUUUAUAGAAAGUAAAUUAUGGCUAGUUUUUUAAAAGAUUGUCAUUUGAUAGAUGUAUAUAUAUAACAGCUCAUGUGGGGUCAACGAAUUAUCCCCAUUUUGUGGUUUUCAAUGAAAGUACUGAGCAAUUUAAUGACCUUUGUUUCUGCCUGUGCUUGUAUGCAUGCAUUUUUGAACCAGUAAUAGAGCAGCCUCAUAUAAUUCUGGAUGAUGCUGGGUUUUCCAUAUAGACCCAGCAUUAUAAUCAAAUCUAUUGUCAGCACCCAUGGCUCUUUUGGAAUCCCAGAGAAAUAUAAGGACCUGAUAUUUUUCUACAAGAAUAUUUUCAGACACCAUAUAGGCAUAUUACUGAUUUAAUGCUUUUUCUUUUUUCCUUUGAAACAAAGUCACUGAAAAUAUUUCACACUAUUUGAUUUUGGAAUCACUUUUCUCAAACCUUGAAUUAACUCUAGAAUUUCUGUAAGCAUUUGUACCCUUCUUUCCCCUGCAGCAUACAUAAACAAAUACAUGCUUUUUCAGAAUUGUAUUUUAGCAAAUACCUAUGCAAAGAGCUUUAAGAAGUGAACUGUUUUUAAGGAAUAUGUUUGCUCACUGAGACAUGUGUUUAUUGAGUGCCAAAGGUUUAUUUUACCUCGGCAUUGCCCCAAAGUAUGUAUCACAAGGGGCAUUGAUUGAGUGGUGUUCUCAUACAGGUGGGGGUGGGAGGAACAAGAGCUUUGCUAAUGAAAAAUGUUUCUUAAAUCUUGAGUUAAGAAGUGUUAAACAGAUUUCAUAAGUGCAGGCAUCCUCCAAGACCUUAAUGAACUACCUAAUGCUUCUUCAAAGGGGAAUCCUAUGUGCCAUUCCUUACACUUACUUACUGAUCCUUUCUAAUGGAGCAGCCCGUGAAGCUAGUGUUAUUAAAAAGAAAAAAACACUUUGGGAAAUACAGCUUUAGGACACUGAUUUUUUUUUUGGCUUCCUAUUUUAAAAUGCUAAAGUUGCAGCUUGAGUAUUGUAGGAAAGCUCUGAAGCAUUUGUAAAUGAUACAGUACUCUUUCAUUAUAUAUUUUAAAAAUCACUGGAAUGUUGUUAUACAAAAGAAUUAUACUUGUGCAUUGUAAAAAACAUUAAUAUACAUUUAUUAAUGCCAAUAGUUUAAUUCAACAAUAUGUAAUCUAAGGUGCUCAGUACUACAUGAAGUAUGAGUUACUCAUUACUCAUCAUUCAGUUGCAAAGAUGCUAUAUUUAUAGACAGAAUUUAAAUGAUAAUUACAAAUAUUUCUUCAUCAUUUAAGUCUUGGGCUGAUUAAUAUCUGGGUGGGGGUCAACGGAAACUAUAUUCUCUACAUUUAUAAAAAUUUAAUUUAAAUAUUUAUAUUUUAGAAAAAAAUGUAUUUGAAUAAAAAUGCAUUUUCUGAAUUAAAAUGUGCUAUUAGCAAGAAACAAAAUUUUACUGAAAGAAAUGUGUAAAUGAAUCUUUUUUUUCCCUUCCAAGAUAAAGUGAAUCAAGCAUAUAUCAGAGUGGCUCUGAUGAAAUCAAUUUCAAAUACUCAUUUUUUUUCUCAUUCUGAAUUUCAAGUUACCACGACUUUCCACUGUAUGUAGAUUUUAAUCUUGUCUUGAUGUGUGUUACGAAUGUUGUAAACGACACAAACUCAUAUGUCAACUGGGUCUUUUGGGGGAAUUCAUUUUUGUCCAGUUUGCUCUGUGCUCAACUGUUUCUUAUCUGAAUUAGUGAAUUAUUAAAUUCAUAGUGUUUGUCCCAUAAGGGCAAACCAAUACAAAUGAAUGUUCUAAUGUAGUUGGUGGGAAGCUACCCAUUUGCUAGUAGAUGUGGUUAGGUGAGCCCUUUGUGGAGUAUCUUUAAAUCAUCCCAGAAGGGUUUAAAGAAGACCAAUAGGAAUUUAGAGAGUAAAUUUUUUUUUUCUGACUUGAAGUAAGAGAAACAAAACCAUAAACCUACUACUAAAAAAAUAGCCAGGCAGAGGCAUUUAAUUAAUUCUAUCAAUUGAUGGAAUUAAA